ACAACAAACACACAACAUAACACACAACAUAACACAUAACACACAACAAACACACAACAAACACACAACAAACACACAACAAACACACAACAUAACACAUAACACACAACAAACACACAACACACAACAAACACACAACAAACACACAACAAACACACACAACACACAACAAACACACAACAAACACACAACACACAACAAACACACAACAAACACACAACAAACACACAACAUAACACACAACAUAACACAUAACACACAACAAACACACAACAAACACACAACAAACACACAACAAACACACAACAUAACACAUAACACACAACAAACACACAACAAACACACAACAAACACACAACAAACACACAACAUAACACAUAACACACAACAAACACAUAACACACAACAAACACACAACAAACACAUAACACACAACAAAUACACUUGUCCUCUGAGACUUGGAUCAGACUGAGGUUCCUGUGGUAUCUGGACCCAGAACAGAACCAGUACUGUCCACAGAGGCUGGACCAGGUUCAGGUCGGUGGCAGGUGUCUAACUGAGGUGCGCUCGUCUUCUGUACCUGAGCGUCCAGGUGAUAAACCCCCCCACAGACCACUGCCCCCUAACAGGCUGAUAAUCGACUAAUGAGGACCCUUGUAACCAUGACAACAAGAAUCCAUAGUUGGUUUGAUUUGUUCUGUGUGAUGAAGAUGAUGAUGCAUGUGAUGAUGAAGAGUAGAGUAUAAUAAAUUAAUCAUGUCUAACUGAAGAACAGACGGAUGGUGUUUGUUUGGGUUGCACUGAUGAUGAUGAUGAUGAUGAUGAUGAAGAUGAUAGUGAUCAUGAUGAUGGUGAUGAUGAAGAUGGUGAUGAUGGUGAUGAAGAUGAUGAUGAUGGUGAUGAAGAUGGUGAUGAUGAUGAUGAAGAUGGUGAUGAUGAUGAUGGUGAUGAAGAAGGUCAUGAUGAUGAUGAAGGUUAUGAAGAAGAUGAUGAUGAUGAAGAUGACACGUCACUCAAACAGGAGGAAGUACUUUAUUUGUUGGGGACUAUUUUCAGCAGCAGAUUAAUCCACGUUUGGUGCUCUGGUGAUUUAGUGGCAGCAGGACAGUGUGUGUUCAUAGUGACAGUGGCCCUAUGCAUGCUAGAAGACGCAGUGCAUGCUGGGAAACAUCGUUUGGAGAGAUCAGCAGGAUAAAGAUGGAGAGAAAAUAAAAACAAAAACACGAGAGGAAUCACUUUAAUCCUUAAUCCAUCAAACCCUGCUGCCUCCACACACUCACGCACGAACACACACAGACACUCACGCACACACACUCACACGCACGAACGCACACACUCACACACACACUCACACACACACACUCACACACUGGUGGUAAACAAAGAGAAUGUGAAAAACAAAAGCAGGAUUAAGAUGAACUGUGUCACCGUGUGGUAUUAGCAUGUAUUCUGAAUCCUGCUCUCUGAUUGGCUGGCAGACUUUAAACUACAGGUAACCAUAGAAGAACCACGACAAGAAACAGGACCAGAGCCAGGACCAUGACCAGAACCAGAACCAGAACCCAGGAACCUGUUUUAGGACGGUGGAGCAGAUCAGGGAUGAUAAUGGACUCUCAGGUGUUUUGGUUGGUUACCUGUGUAACAGUGAGCUGUGCACCUUGAUGAUGUCAUCAUCAGUAUGUUUGAGUGUACCUGUCCUUUAACCUGCAGCUGGUCUGACAGAGAUAGUGUGUGUGAGCAGACGUCUCACUCUGAGGUCAGAACGAUGUCGGUGUGGUGUUACUGAAACUGACUUGGCCAUGGUAACGGCGACAGCAUGAUGUUCUAAUAGCGUUGAUGAGCGGUUCUACUCUGCCUCAGAAUGACCUAAACCUGACCAAUCCAACCAGCCAAGGCAACAAUCAAAAACCAAUCAGAGGCAAUGUGGGGCAGGUCCUUCCAACUCUAAGGUAGGGUUUGUAAGUUUACAUCUGGCUGCUGAAGCAUUGAUAGCUAAUGGAAGGAAAAAAUCACAACAGAGGAAAAGCGUAUUGCAUGUAUUAGAUUUUUGUUUUGGCAAACCACCAGUUAAAGAGAACACAGAUUACGUCCAGCCUUCCCAGGAGAGCAGCUCCACAUCGUUUUCGGUUGGUUGUAACUUUCCCUCAAAGACUGUCGCCACCAGAGUAUCCGCUUUAGAACCGCUACCACCAAGGAGCUAGCUGCUAACAGGUGUCAAGCUAGUGCUGAAAUGGUGGCAUUUGAGGAGCCUCUCUGAGUUCUGUUUACAGAAGCUUAAAAACUCAUAGAUGUCUAUACCUGUCCCUCUCCAUGACCUCACCUGAGCGGACCUCUUCCACAGUACACCAUGUGAAAACAUGGCUACAACACCAUGACCCAGAAGAGACUGACUUACCUCUCCCUGAUACAUGUCCAUUCUGACAUGUUGAACUUAUUGGACAUCCACGCCCCGGUUGAAAGACUUUCUACAACACCUGAGCGCAAGACCACAACGGAUUAUUCCAACUACUGGAGCACCUGUCCUGCAGCUCAAGAAACAUUGAGGGGCGGUGACUGAUGGAUCCAUAUACGUGACCGGAGACAAAGACGCUCGAGGACAGAGAGAGAGAGACAGACAGACAGACAGACAGACAGACAGACAGACAGAGAGAAAGAGAGACAAACCGACGCUAUGACUGGAGGCAGGCGCAGCUGGACCGGCAGCCUCGAACUCAGAUAGCCCAGUGCUGAGGUGAGACAGCUUGUCAUUGGUGUUGCCAUGGCACCAAGGCCAUCGUCAGGGGAACUAUGGGGACUCCACCUGAUGCCCCCCCGCAUCCUGGUGGACUGCUGCCUACCUAAUGGGAUGAUGGUCAGUCUCGAGUGUCUCAGAGAAACUCCGCUCAUUAGCAUCAAGCAGCAGCUGUUCACGGAGGCGAGGAAGUACCCGCUGUACCACCUGCUGCAGGAGGAGUCGUGUUACAUCUUUGUGGGUGUAACCCAGGAAGCAGAGAGGGAAGAGUUUUACGACGAGACAAGGCGGCUGUGCGACCUCCGACUGUUUCACCCGAUACUGAAGGUUAUUGAGCCGCUGGGCAACCGGGAGGAGAAGAUCCUGAACCGAGAGAUAGGAUUUGCCAUCGGGAUGCCGGUCUGUGAGUUUGAGAUGAUGAAGGACCCGGAGAUUCAGGACUUCCGGCGCGCCAUACUGAGUGUGUGCAGAGAGGCCAUGGAGGAGAGGGAGGGGGGAGGGGCCCACAGCCAGGCCCUCUAUGUGUACCCCCCCAACGUGGAGUCUAGCCCCCAACUCCCCCAGCACAUCUACAGCAAGCUGGACAAAGGGAGGCUGAUUGUGACCAUCUGGGUGAUCGUGUCUCCGUCCAACUCCAAACAGAAGUACACCCUGAAGGUGAGUCAUGACAGCUUACCUGAGCAGCUCAUCGCCGAGUCCAUCAGGAAGAAGAGCCGCUCGAUGCACCUGUCACCUCAGCAGCUCCGCCUCUGUGUCCAGGAGUACCAGGGCCAGUACAUCCUGAAGGUGUGUGGCUGUGAUGAGUACCUGUUGGAGAAGUAUCCUCUCAGUCAAUACAAGUAUAUCCGGUCCUGUAUCAUCGUGGGUCGUCUCCCUCACCUGAUGCUCGUCUCCAAAGACAGUCUCUACUCUCAGCUUCCUGCGUCCGGCUUCGUCACACCUUCGUACAGUCGUCGGACUCCUCAGCCGUCUCCCUGUCCAGGAGGAGGAGACGGGUGUCCUCCUCGCUCCCUGUGGGCCUUCAACACUCUGCUAAGGGUCCGGCUGCUCUGCGCCACCUACGUCAACGUCAACAUCAGGGACAUCGACAAGAUCUAUGUGAGGACAGGUAUCUAUCAUGGUGGAGAGCCACUGUGUGACAACGUCAACACACAGAGAGUCCCCUGCUCCAACCCCAGGUGGAACGAGUGGCUCACCUAUGACAUCUACCUGGCUGACCUCCCUCGCUCAGCCAGACUUUGCCUGUCUAUCUGCUCUGUGAAGGGAAGGAAAGGAGCCAAGGAGGAGCACUGUCCACUGGCCUGGGGGAACGUCAACCUAUUUGACUAUAAGGACAUUCUGGUUUCGGGUAAGGUGGCUCUCGGUCUCUGGCCCGUCCCUCACGGCCUCGAGGACCUCCUCAAUCCCAUCGGGGUCGCCGGUUCAAAUCCCAACAAGGAGACGCCCUGUGUGGAGCUGGAAUUCUCCUGGUUUAAUCAGACUGUUGUGUUUCCUGACGAGCAGCAGAUAGAAGAGCAUGCCAACUGGACCAUCAGCAGAGAGCUGGGCUACAACUACUGCCACGGACUGAGCAGUCGUCUGGCCUGCGACAGCAGUGUUUCAGCAGGUGAUGCAGAGCAGCUUCGUUCUCUCUGCUCCAAAGAUCCUCUCUACGAGCUGUCAGAACAGGAGAAGGACUUCCUCUGGAGACACAGACAUUACUCUGUAAACAUCCCAGAGUCUCUUCCUAAGCUGCUUCUGUCCGUCAAAUGGAACUCCAGAGACGAAGUGUCCCAGAUGUACUGUUUGUUGAAGGAGUGGCCUCUGAUGGAGCCCGAGUCGGCUCUGGAGUUGUUGGACUGUAACUUUCCUGAUCCAAUGGUCAGAGAGUUCGCUCUACGCUGCCUGGUGCAAGGCCUAACGGACGACAAGCUGUCGCAGUACCUGCUGCAGCUUGUACAGGUGUUGAAGUAUGAGAUGUACCUGGACAAUCCUCUGGCUCGUUUCCUCAUAAAGAAAGCUCUGACCAAUCAAAGGAUAGGACACUUCUUCUUCUGGCAUCUCAAGUCAGAGAUGCACAAUAAGACAGUGUCCCGUCGCUUCGGUCUGCUGCUGGAAGCUUUCUGCAGAGCCUGUGGCAUGUACCUGAAACACCUGAACAGACAGGUUGAGGCCAUGGAUAAACUGGUGAACCUGACCGACACACUGAAACAGGAGAAGAAGGACGAGACACAGAAAACUCAGAUGAAGUUCCUGGUUGAACAUAUGUCUCGUCCAGAUUACAUGGAGGCUCUGCAGGGAUUUGUGUCUCCUCUGAACCCUGUUCACCAGCUGGGAAACCUCAGACUGGAAGAGUGCCGGAUCAUGUCCUCAGCGAAGCGCCCCUUGUGGUUGAACUGGGAGAACCCCGACAUCAUGUCCGAGCUGCUCUUCACCAACAACGAAAUCAUCUUCAAGAACGGAGACGACCUGCGUCAGGACAUGCUUACUCUGCAGAUCAUUAAGAUCAUGGAGAACAUCUGGCAGAACCAGGGCCUGGACCUGCGCAUGCUGCCGUACGGCUGCCUGUCCAUCGGGGACUGUGUGGGUCUGAUCGAGGUGGUGAAGAACAGUUUCACCAUCAUGCAGAUCCAGUGUAAAGGAGGCCUGAAGGGGGCGCUGCAGUUCAACUCCAACACCCUGCACCACUGGAUCAAAGACAAGAACCGGGGGGAGGCGUAUGACCGGGCCAUCGACCUGUUCACCCGGUCCUGUGCAGGUUACUGCGUGGCGACGUUCAUCCUGGGAAUCGGAGACCGACACAACUCCAACAUCAUGGUGAAGGAGAACGGACAGUUGUUCCACAUCGACUUUGGUCAUUUCCUGGAUCACAAGAAGAAGAAGUUCGGCUACAAGAGGGAGCGAGUUCCCUUCGUCCUGACGCAGGACUUCCUAAUCGUCAUCAGUAAAGGAGUGCAGGAGUCCACCAAGACCAAGGAGUUUGAGAGGUUCCAGGAGAUGUGUUAUAAAGCCUACCUGGCCAUCCGUCAGCACGCCAGCCUCUUCAUCAACCUGUUCUCCCUCCUGUUGGGCUGCGGCAUGCCCGAGCUCCAGAGCUUUGAUGACAUCGCCUACCUGAGGAAAACGCUGGCCCUGGAGAAGAGCCAGCAGGAGGCGUUGGAGUAUUUCACCAAACAGAUGAACGAUGCUCAUCAUGGAGGCUGGAGCACCAAGAUGGACUGGAUCUUCCACACCAUCAGACACAUGCCAAACGAGCACUGAUCUAUACACAUUUAUACAUAACACACAUUUAUAUAUAACACACAUUAUAUAUAACACACAUUUAUAUAUAACACAUUAUAUAUAACACACAUUUAUAUAUAAUACAUUAUAUAUAACACACAUUUAUAUUAAACACACACACCAUCAGACACGUCAACGAGCACUGAUCUAUACACAUUAAUAUAUAACACACAUUUAUAAAUAACACAUUUAUAUAAAACACACACCAUCAGACACAUGUCAGCGAGCACUGAUCUAUACACACAAGCAUACACACGUGUUUACUGCACUAUUCUUUGAUGAUGAGGAUGAUGAGGAUGAUGAUGAAGGUGUCUGUUGCAGGUUUUAUUGUCACAGUGUCGUGUUGGUAGGAUGUUUGUCAUAGCAACUUGAAUCUCAGGGUCAUAGGUCAGAGGGGCUGUAGAGAAUGCCAUAGGCAUGCUGAGAAAAGAUGAUGAUGAUGAUGAUGAUGAUGAUGAUGUUGAUAAUGGAAAAAGAUGAAAGUGACGACGAUGUCAUAAAUGUCUUCCAGUCGCUGCUACAGUAAGCCUGUUAGCGCUGCUAGCUGCUCUAAAUACAGACGGAGCUUUUUAAAAGAAAAACACUUUAUUGCUGUAUCGUACAUUUGAAUCAAAUUUUAUUGCGAAUCAGCUGUAACUUUAUAAACUGAUGUUUGUUUGGAGAAUUUAAAUGAAACCAGCUUUAUUGAAACCAGCAAAGUGAACACUGUGGUCACCCUGAGAGCAAUACAACCUCCAAUAACUGAUCAGUACUUAUUAUUAUAUUAUGACAAUCAGGAGUUCUGACCAAUUGGAAGGCAGAGCUGACCAGCUGUGAGGCGGAGACAAUGUACUGAGAUCAGACCAGAGUGACCAAUCAUGUUUCUGGUUAAGUUAAAAUCAAACAGGAUCAAACUGUGAUGAUAAAACUAAUUUCAGAAAUAUCUGCAGUUUGUACCAACAGGAUCAUAUGACGUUUUUCUCAUUGAAAUGUAACAAAUGUUUUUCUCUGACUUUUUUGUCAAAAUUUUAUGACAUUUCUCAGGACUUGGUUUUAUGUUUCCUUCUAAAAUCACUGCUUGACAUUUGAAAUAUUGCAGCUCUUUUCUCACAAUAUUAUCAUUGUAUUUCUGAAGGUUUUACAACUUUUUCUCAUAAAAUUAUGGCUCUAGUUUCAAAAUAGUAUUUUGACAGUGGUUCCCAAACUUUUCCAACUCAGGGCUCAGGCUGCAAAACAUUUAAAAACAUUAAUUAUAUAUUUUAUUUACAUCUUUUCACUAAAAUUGUUCUGUUUUCCAGAUUACUUUUUGUGCCACUUGCAAUACCUUCGCAGCCCACCAGUGGUCCCCGGCCCACAGGUUGGGAACCAUUGACCUAAGAUGUUUAUUAUUUUAAAAUGUAAAGAACAUGUUGAUUUGUCUUUUGAUCUUUUCGGCUGAUUAAUGGAAAGUUUCUGUCCACAGCUGAUCACUAACGUCUUCAACUAAAUCAGACGUGAAUAAUUUCUGAUCUGAAUUCAGUUUCAACUGAUUUUUUGAUUGAACUGACAUAUCAUGGAGUUUUAUCAGGGAUCAAAGUCUUGAGACGACAAUCUGAACCAAUCAGCUGCUCAUUAGCCGUUAGCUGGAUCAGCUCUUUGUUAGCAUCUUGUGCACAGCUUCUGAUAAAUCAUGCAAGGCUAGUUAACACUACUAGCUUGUUAGCUGAGCUGGUGCACUCUAACCCAUAGUAAGUUAUUAGUUAACUCAGCUGUUGCACUGGAACAAUAAAUUGUGACUAGGUUGAGUUAGCAUAGCAUAGCAUCAGUGGAAACUCCUACCCUCUUUCAUUGGCUACCAGCCUUCGGGGGCAGGGUUUCACUCAGACGGGUAAAGGGUGAUGAUUCCCAUUUUUUAAAUGUGAAGGUGUUUCUGUUCAGGUCAGAGGUCAGAUUAGGCCCUGCCCCCACACCUGUCAGUAACCAUGACAACGUGUGCAGUGGUCUAGUCCUGAGCCCCUGCUGCAUGCCGAUCCAUUUAUUGAUUUAUGACAUCAUCGACUGUGCUGGUUACCAUAGUGAUGAAGUGAGCAGACAAGAUGUGUUUGUUUCCAUGUGAUUAAUAUUAUUGAUUGUUUUGUUAACUGAUGUAUUGAUGAUUGAUUAAUGUAACUGAUGUGAUCAGUUUUUUAAUGUUGAAUAUUGAUUUGUGAUAACUAUUGAUCCUGUUUGAUUCUAAGAGACUUUUUAUCAGUUUUUUCUCUCAACCUUUUGUCUUUAUGAUGAUUUUUUUCUAAAAAUGUUACGAGGAUUAACUGCAGAGCGACGCCCACGGACAGCUGCUUCAGCCAAUCAGAAGUCCCAUAGAGCCUCCAAGCCCAUAUAUGGUUAUAAAGCUUUGUUCUGACUUUUUAAACUGAACUUUACAACAUGUCACCUGGGGGCAGGGCCUGAUGUGUGACAUCACACUUCAGGAUCCAGGUGUGAAGCACUUAUUAAUGUCCGACUGCCAGUGUUUUCAUGGAUUAUCCUUUUAUUUCAAAAUAAAAGCUCAACAGGU